CGCCCGGCGCGAGUGGCACUUGGCGCGGGCUGGGACUCAACGCUGGUGUUGGCGGGUUGCGGAGCCUCUCUGCAGGUCGGCUCGCCUUGGGGACCAUGGCCACCGACUCUUGGGCGCUGGCGGUGGAUGAGCAGGAAGCUGCUGUCAAGUCGAUGAGCAGUUUGCAGAUCAAGGAAGAGAAAGUCAAAGCAGACAGCAAUGGUGUUAUCAAAUCCAGCACCACUGCAGAAAAGACAGAGGAAGAAGAGAAAGAGGACAGAGCUGCUCAGUCCUUACUCAACAAGCUGAUCAGAAGCAAUCUUGUGGAUAACACCAACCAAGUGGAAGUCCUGCAGAGGGACCCAAGCUCUCCGCUCUACUCAGUGAAGUCCUUCGAAGAGCUUCGCCUGAAACCACAGCUUCUCCAAGGAGUCUAUGCCAUGGGCUUCAACCGACCAUCCAAGAUCCAGGAGAAUGCUUUGCCCAUGAUGCUGGCUGAACCCCCACAGAACCUGAUUGCACAGUCUCAGUCUGGUACUGGGAAAACAGCUGCCUUUGUCCUAGCUAUGCUUAGCAGAGUGGAACCAGCAGACAGAUACCCUCAGUGUUUGUGCCUGUCCCCAACAUAUGAGCUGGCACUGCAAACAGGAAAAGUGAUUGAGCAGAUGGGCAAAUUUCAUCCAGAAUUGGAGCUAGCUUAUGCUGUUCGAGGCAACAAAUUGGAAAGAGGUCAGAAGGUCAGUGAGCAGAUUGUCAUUGGUACCCCCGGGACCGUCCUGGACUGGUGCUCCAAGCUGAAGUUCAUUGACCCCAAGAAGAUCAAGGUGUUUGUUCUGGACGAGGCUGAUGUGAUGAUAGCAACUCAGGGCCACCAAGACCAGAGCAUCCGCAUCCAGAGGAUGCUGCCCAGAAACUGCCAGAUGCUGCUGUUCUCUGCCACCUUUGAAGACUCAGUGUGGAAGUUUGCCCAGAAGGUGGUCCCAGACCCCAACAUCAUCAAGCUGAAGCGUGAAGAGGAGACUUUGGACACCAUCAAGCAGUAUUAUGUCCUUUGCAAUAACAGAGAGGAGAAGUUCCAGGCCCUGUGCAACCUGUAUGGGGCCAUCACCAUCGCCCAAGCCAUGAUCUUCUGCCAUACCCGAAAAACAGCUAGCUGGCUGGCAGCCGAGCUCUCAAAAGAGGGCCACCAGGUGGCGCUGCUGAGUGGAGAGAUGAUGGUGGAGCAGAGAGCUGCUGUGAUUGAGCGCUUCCGAGAAGGCAAAGAGAAGGUUCUGGUGACCACCAACGUGUGUGCCCGUGGUAUUGAUGUUGAACAAGUGUCUGUGGUCAUCAAUUUUGACCUUCCUGUGGACAAGGACGGGAACCCAGACAAUGAGACCUACCUGCACCGCAUUGGACGCACGGGCCGCUUUGGCAAGAGGGGUCUGGCAGUAAACAUGGUUGACAGCAAGCACAGCAUGAAUAUCCUCAACAGAAUCCAGGAGCAUUUUAAUAAGAAGAUAGAAAGAUUGGACACAGAUGAUUUGGAUGAGAUUGAGAAAAUAGCCAACUGAGGAGCUUCUCCACGGGCUGCUGCCACCUCAGCGCUCCCUGCCUGGGAGUCUAGUGCUUUCAUGGCAUAGGCCUUGAUGGGCACCUCAGAGACCAUGGUCUGAGUAGAGACUACCUACCUCAUUCGGAAUUACGUUUGGACUUGACAAAUUUGUGCAAAUAGUAGGGGGAAAUCUAAGGAAAGUUACAUUUUAGAAAAUAGUCCUAGCUGGGUGUGGUCAUGCACAUCUUUAAUCCCAGCACUUGGAGGGCAGAGACAGACAGGUGGAUCUCCAUGAGUUUGAGGCCAGCCUGAUUUAUGUAAUGAGUUCUAGGGCAGCCAGAGCUACAUAGUGAGCCCGUCUUGAGCCAAGAACUGGGUCCUCAGCUCUAUUCCUCUUUAAAGCCACAGUUUUCUCCUGGAUGGUGACACAGUGGCUGUUGCUGAGGCUUGGGCCGCAGGCCUUGACACCCACUAGCCGGCUCCCUGUGUUUUGACCAACCUUCAGCCUUGAAUAAAUGAGAGGUAAAGGCAGUUCAGAGAGGUCAGGAGAGACGCUGCUAUAGCCCACCUGCCUCGGACAGAACCAGUAGAGACUCUGUUCUCCACUCAGCCCCACUCUACCUCCUCCCCCUUCCUCCCUGGUAAGCACCUUGGUUAUGUUGCUAUCCUUCAGAUUGGCAGACAAUGGAAAUCAGCAAAUCACAGACUUGGGGCAUUGGUCUGUUGGUGACACUCCAUUGACAAUGGAGGUGUCUUUCCUCCUGUUCACUUCGUCUAUUAUUCUGUGCCUGGCUCCAUUGUUUGGUUCCAAUCCAUGGGGUUCCAUGCUAAGUAGCAACUUAGAAAGGAAGUUAUGACCAAGCAAAAACUCUCAAUUAUGCUGUCAGCAGACUUGUGGGUUACUUCAUACAUUGUAUGAGUAAGAUUGGAUAAAUCAGUGAUAACACAUCAUUCUAAGAAAUUUUAAAGUAAUUAUGAGAAACGUUUUGCUAAUCAUGAUUUGUUAUUUGUAUUUUUCUGCUUACUAAACUAAUAUAUGCUCAUUAAAAAUGUGUAUAA